ACGUGGGGGGUAAGGAGGACUAGUCGCGCACGGCCUCCGGGGCUUCCGGCAGUCUCCGCGGGCCCUGAGCGGGGGCGGGGACGGGGUGGGGUCGGGGGGCAUCCCGGGGCGCGGAGUGAGUGUAGACCCCUCCUCAUCGCAGCCCACCUCAUCCUGCCCGCAGCCCACCUGGGGCCAGGGACGUCAGGAGACAGCGAGGCCGGGAUGCCUGGACAGAGACCCAGGAAGGGCCCCCAGGCCCGCGGCCAGGGGGUGGCGGCGGCCAAGCAGCUGGGGCUCUUUGUAGAGUUCAGUCCAGAAGACAUGAUGCUAGAGGCCCAGGACGGCGGGGAGGAUGACGGAGACCUGGAGGCAGAGCUGCUAGCCCUCACUGGCGACACUGGAGCCCCAGAGAGCAAGGCCAGGCCCAAGGGGAAAGCUCCCCUGCCCAUGGCCCACAUUGAGAAGCUUGCUGCGGAAUGCAUGCGGGAUGUGGGGGAUGAGGCCUCGGAUGAGGAAGAUGAGGAGCUGGAGGCAGAUACAGACCUGCUGGCCGAGCUGCAGGAGGUCCUGGGAGAGGAGGAAGAGGGAGAGGAGGACGGCAGACCAAACAGCCCUGAGGAGGUGGCAACCUUGGUGGCCCCCACGCAGCUUCCUGCCCCAGCAGCUCCUGAGGUAGUACCCACAGCAGCUGGGUUGCAGGGGCUGCUGGAGGAACGGAUCGCCAACUACCAGGCAGCAGCUGCCAGUGCCAAGGAGGCCGGGGAUGGGGCCAAAGCCCGGCGGUGUGAGCGAGGCCUGAAGACCCUGCAGACCCAGCUGGCAGCUGUGAAGAAGGGCAAGAAAAUCAAUGAGGAGGAGAUCCCACCCCCUGUGGCCUGUGGGAAGAGGCCAGAGCUGCCCCCCACUGCAGAAAGUGAAGGCUGUGGGGAACCCCCAGCUGCUCCAGACCCCCCAACUAUACCAGCCCCCUCAGCUACUCCAGACCCAACUUCCCCAGGACCCUCAGCUAGUCCAGACUUCCCAAGUACCCCAGCACCCCCAGAAGCAGGUGCCCUGGAGCCAGACUCUCGGCAGCUGCUGCUGACCCGGCAGAAGGAGUACAAAGCAGCCGCCUUAAAAGCCAAGCAGGAGGGUGACCUGGAGCGGGCCCGAGAGUGCAUGAGGAUUGGCAAGAGGUUUGGUGCUGUGCUGGAGGCGUUAGACAGUGGGCAGCCUGUAGACCUGAGCGGCAUGCCUCCUCCCCCUUCAGAGCUCGAGGCUCCAAAGAAGGCCCUGCCGCCCCCUAGCCCUGGCCCCCUGGAGCACUCAAAGCCCGUGAUGUCAGCCCCUACCCCGGCCCCAGGGCCCCCUCCUCAGCCCCAGACGGUGCUGGAGGCCUUGGGCCAGAGGCUAAGCAAGUACCAAGAAGCAGCAGCCCAGGCCAAAAGCAGUGGAGAUGAACGGAAGGCCCGAAUGCACGAACGCAUCGCCAAGCAAUACCAGGCAGCCAUCCGAGCUCACAAGGCCGGGCGGAAAGUGAACUUGGCCGAACUUCCUGUCCCCCCAGGCUUCCCUCCCAUCCCCGGCUUGGAGCCCCCUUCAGACAACCCCUUGGCCGCAGCCUUGAAGGCGGCUCAGCUCCUGGGUGACCAGGAAGAGAAGGACGAGGAUGAGGAUGAGGAAGAGCCCCUGCCCCAGGCUCCGGUGGCCAAGAAGCCAGCUCAGCGGCCCAGCCAAGCUCCCCAGGUAGCCAGGCCCUUGGUUGUGCCGUCCCCUGAGUCCAAGGGCUCUACCUCCCAGGAGGCCUUGUCCCCAGCAGCCCGGGAACAGCUGGCCUUGCUGGAGAACCGGAGACUCCAGUGCCAGCGAGCUGCCCUGCAGGCCAAGCGGGCCAAAGACCUGGAGCAGGCCAAAGCCCACCUCCGAGCCGCGAAGGCCCUGGAUGCGCAGAUAGCCCUGGUGCGCAGCGGGACCAAGGUGUCUUCUCCCCUGACCGAUGAGGACGGCGGCUUUGUUCUCAUUCGCCACGAGGACCUGGGGCUGUCCCAGAAGGCUGAGGAGGUGUAUGCUCAACUACACAAGAUGCUGCAGGAGCAGCACGAGAAGUGCCUGCUGUACUCCAAGCAAUUCAUGCACCAGGGCAACGUGGCAGAAACCACGCGAUUUGAGAAGCUGGCCCAGGACCGUAAGAAACAGCUGGAGAUCCUGCAGCUGGCGCAGGCGCAAGGCCUGGACCCUCCCAGCCACCGCUUCGAGGAGAAGACCUUCCAGACCGUGAGGAUCUUCUCCGAGCUCAACAGCACCGAGAUGCACCUUCUCAUCGUGAGGGGCAUGAACCUCCCAGCCCCACCAGGAGUGACUCCCGAUGACCUGGAUGCCUUUGUUCGAUUUGAGUUCCACUAUCCCAGCUCGGACCAGGCCCAGAAAAGCAAAACGUCUGUGGUGAAGAAUACCAACUCUCCAGAGUUUGACCAGCUCUUCAAACUGAACAUCAAUCGGAACCACCGGGGCUUCCGCAGGCUGGUCCAGAACAAGGGCAUCAAGUUUGAGAUCUUUCACAAGGGAUCCUUCUUCAGAAGUGAUAAGCAGGUUGGGACAGCCCAUCUGAAGCUCGAGCGGCUGGAGACCCAGUGUGAAAUCAGGGAGAUCCUGGAGGUUUUAGAUGGAAGAAAGCCAACUGGGGGCAAACUGGAGGUGAAGGUGAGACUCCGGGAGCCUCUGAGUGGACAAGACAUCCAGAUGGUCACAGAGAACUGGCUGGUCCUGGAGCCCAGGGGCCUCUGAGCUCUGCCCCGAAUGAGAGAAGAUGCUGCUACCCCAAGCACCAAAGACUUGUUAAGCAAAUGCACUACUGACCAAGCUACAUGCCCCUGUGUGCUGGGAGCUGCCAUGGUGCCAUGGGGCAUGAGCCACAUGAGUGGGGGCGGGCAGCACCCUUCUGCUUCAGCACCUGGAGCUGAACCCCGUCAGCCUCCCCAGCCCAUGUUGAUAGGCUCAGGCUCCCUGCCGCCCCUCUGCUGACCUUGUCUGGGCUAGGCUCGCUGGCCCUCAGCUCUUCUGACCCACAUGCUGGUGGGAGAGGAGGGGAAGGCCUGGCCAGCCAGCAGGCCCCGGCCAGACAUCAGUGUGGCCCCUACUUGCUCCUCAGCCUCUCUCUGGAUGUGCCUUUUAAAAGACAGAUGUGACUGGAAGGUUGAAGAGGUGAGCGGGACCUCAGGCACCCCUUGGGGGAGCUGCUGCCCGUCUUGCCCAGCCCCUGCUCUGCUCCUCUGCCUGGGUUCUGUGCCUUCUCUGACAGUAACUUGCACUAGCUUUCCUACUUCCCAAAAUGUUGAGAGGAGGAAAAAAAAGCAGCCUUGGGUACCACGUGGGGGGAGAGGAGGGAUGCUUUGUUCCCCAGACCCUGCCCCCAAAGACUAAAAGACUGUUAACUGGAAA